AUGGAUACUAGAAAGCUUUCUGAGUGUGAAUUGGAUGAUGUCUACAAGUUCCAUAGAAGAGAUGCACAGAAAAUGACAAGCAUCCAAUACUCAAGAGCAGCCAAUGAUGCAUAUCAAAGAGGUGAUUGUGUUUCCGGUUAUCAUUACUCGUUGAUGGCUCGAGAAGCACAAUUCGUUGCUGACUGUCUCAACGCUAAGGCAGCCAUGAAAAUAUUCAAAUAUGUGAAUAGCAGAGAAGACUUAUGGAAAUUGGAUUUGCAUGGUCUUCAUGCAAAUGAAGCCAUUCAAGCUUUGCAUUGCCGUCUGCAACAAAUUGAAUUAUCAGGGCAGAGGCCAAAACCAUUAGAGGUCAUCACGGGUAGAGGUAAACACAGCCAAGGAGCUCCUGUCAUUCCAGCAGCUGUGAGGAACUACCUUAAGGAAUGCAAAUACUAUUUUUAUGAUUUGCGAGCAGGGGCGAUAGCAGUUCGGCCCAAGUUUGUAGAACGCUAA